CGCCAACAAGGCACGUCGGGUGGUGGACGGCGUUAUUCGUCAGUCCAUCCGCCUGAACCACAGUAAAAAAGAGCCUGUCUAUACGUUCAUCUCGUCAGCAAUCGAAGAAUUCGAGUCAGAUUUCAAGAUACAGCAUGCCACACCCAUUGUGGACCCCGCUGCGGAGAUGAAAUUUUCUGCGAAACUUUCUGCGAUUGAUGCAGCGAUUGAUGCAGCGGCGAACACUGUUGCGGAUAAUAAUGCGAACAAAACGGCAAAUACCGUCGCAACCGCCGCUGCGGCCCCAGCUGCACCUCCCGCCGGGAACCCCGCUGCGAGUCAGAGCGUUGACCGCAACGCCGCUGUAGGUUCAGCGUCUCAAAGUCUGGAGCUCAAGAACCCUAAUUCCAAGAGUCCGGAGCCUGAGAGCCCGUCACUUAAGAUCACAGCGACCACCGUUUCGGCCCCUGCUGCAGAUAUCGCUGCGACCCCCGCUGCGAAUACAGCUGCGACAGAGAGCAUUGAUCGAAAUGCCGUCGGUUCAUCUAAGAAGCCAGCGGUUAAGAACUCUGGGAAGCUUAAGAAGUCUGAGACUACGCCGCCUAAGAGACUGGAGUCUAAGAUUGCAGAUCCUGCUCCUCCCAAAACUUCUACGCCUGAGACGACGCCGCCUAAGAGACCGGAGUCUGAGAUUGCAGAUCCUGCUCCUCUCAAAACUUCCAAGACCUCUACAUCUAGUCAGACUGACUUACUCUACGACAAUAUGCGCGGAACGACUCCUUACACUCGCGCCCUCGAAAAACUCCGCACCGGCAAGCCUCGGCCAACGACGCACCCUACAGACCGUUCACUUCUGCCGUCACGUCGUAUGGAGGACUCAUAUCACGAGUUGUACUUGCCAUUUGCUGAGGAUGAUGCUUUGCUGGAUCAGUAUGUCAAUGCGUAUGGGUUAUUGCGUAUGGGUCAAUUAUUGGAGGAUUUGGACAGUUUGGCUGGUGUCAUUGCGUAUAAGCACGUCACGCCUCCGGCAAGUCAACGACAAGCGGAUUAUGUACCUCCCGCUAUCGUGACGGCGAGUGUUGAUCGCAUCUCGAUUGUGGAGCCGAUGCAGAGGGUUGAAGAUGUGAGGUUGAGUGGUAUGGUUACAUGGGUUGGAAACUCGAGUAUGGAAAUUAAGUUGCAGAUGGAGACAGUUGCCAAGACUGGCGAGGUGAGAAAUAUCCUCGAGGCGGGCUUCUCUAUGGUUUGCCGUGAUCCGAUCAUGAUGACAGCUUUACCCGUGAACCCUCUCAUCCUCGACACCCCUGUGAAACAAGAAAUUUAUGCUCAAAGCGAAGAAUACAACGCCAAGAAAAAGCUUGCGUCGAAAUCCUCACUCAACUUCCAAGCACCUACAGCCGAGGAAUCACAAGAAGUUCACAAAACCUGGCUCGCACUGGGUUCGGAGUCGAUGAAACCGCAGGAUGCGGAGUGGAUGGAGAAUACGAAGCAGUAUGGUACGCAGCUCAUGACGCCUGCUGCAAGGAAUAUUCAUACGACUAUGAUUUUCGGUGGGUAUUUGCUUAGGUUGACGUUUGAGCUUGGACAUUGUUGCGCUGCGGCAUGGGGCAAGUCUCGACCAGUGUUUGUGUCACUUGACUCGACGUCGUUCAAGUCGCCCGUACCGGUUGGUUCUAUUCUUGACUUGGAAGCAAUGGUUGUACAUACCUCACCUUGCACUUCUCCCCAGGUCCCUGAGGGAUCUGGACUGGUGCAAGUGAGAGUGCAAGCUAUGGUGAGAGACAUCGAGACAGGACAGAGAAGGGUGGCAGGAGAGUUCGCAUACACGUACCGUGUGAAGGAGCACAAGAAGGUCGUACCGAAAACUUACGGGGAAUUCGUAGAAUGGAUUGCUGGCAAGAGACGAAUGGAGCAGAGUAAGCUGUGGGGAGCUGGAAGUGAAGUCGGUAUGGAGUAG